AUGCCAGUAACAAAGCCAAUUUUAUAUAAUUAUUAUCGAAGUUCAUGUUCAUACCGUGUUCGAAUUGCAUUAGCAUUAAAAAAUAUCCCAUAUGAAUGUCGACCAGUAAACUUAGCAAAAGGGGAAAAUGUGUCGGAUGAACAUAAAAAAUUGAAUCCAAAAGGUGAAGUACCGGUUCUCUUUAUUGAUGAUAAAAUGUUAGUACAAUCAUUACCUAUUAUAGAAUAUAUCGAUGAAAUAUACAAUCAUGCACCGAAACUUUUGCCCGAUGAUGCUUAUCUUCGUUAUAAAACACGAAUGGUGUCGGAAAUAAUUAAUUCUGGUAUACAACCCAUGCAAAAUUUGAGCAUUUUGAAUAGAAUUACAGAAGAUAAACAGGAAUGGGCAUCGCAUUUUAUUGGAUUAGGACUUGAUGCUUUAGAAAAAGAAUUAAAAGAAACUGCAGGAAAAUAUUGCAUUGGUGAUCAUGUGACAAUGGCGGAUUGUUUUCUUAUUCCUCAACUUUAUAAUGCAAGAAGAUUCAAAGUUGAUAUGAAAAAAUAUCCUGUUAUAUCAGCUAUCGAAAAAGAACUUAAUAAACUUGAUGCCGUUAAAAUAUCACAUCCUAGUCAACAAACAGAUUGUCCUGAGGAAGCGAAAGAUAUUCUUUGA